UCGAGCUCACAACGACCGCGCGUGAGUAACAAUACUAUCAAUUUCAACGUUUGUGCCUCGCAGUUUCCUUCUUCGCCUCGUUUACUUGGAAAUCUUCCUCUGUUUAAAAACCCUAGAUAGGGAAAAUUUUCACAGGGUUUCUCGGUUUCGCUGCUUUCUUCGAUUGCCGAUUUUUGGCGAAUUUCAUGAAUUCUUGAAGUGAUUCGAUUUCGCCAGAAUUUCAUGGUUUUUUUGAGGCUGCAAGAUUUGGAUAGUGCAUAGAAAAAUCAUAAGCAGAGCAUGAGCACUCUUGAAGUGCGGGGGCCUUCUCUUAGAGGGUAUCGACGGAGGAAGGCAAUGCUGGACCUAAAUGUUCCUCCUAGUGAAAUCAGGGAACAGGAGGGUACUUCACAACAUGCUGGGUCUGAGGAAGUUACUAGCCAGCCCAUACAGUUUGCACCACCUGCUGCUAUUGAUGUUGAGGCUAUUGAUGAUGAUGUAAUUGAAUCUUCUGCGAGAGCAUUUGCAGAGGCUAAAAACAAUUCAAGGAGGAGCCAUGGAAGGACAGUUGUUGAUGUAGAUUCAGGACAGCCGGUCAGGUCAACUAAUAAUAAUCAGAACAGGCACAGAAGACUCCCUCCAAGCCCAACAGUUAUCAAUUGUGAUCAUUAUAUCAAUUUGGAAAGCAUGCCACAGUCUACAGUUGAGGAAAUUAGAAAGCCGCAGCCACCUCCAAAGGAGCCAACCUUCAAUUGUCCAAUUUGCAUGGGUUCAUUAGCCGAGGAGAUGUCAACUAGGUGUGGGCACAUUUUCUGCAAGGCAUGCAUUAAAGCUGCAAUAGCUGCCCAGGGGAAAUGCCCAACUUGCAGGAAAAGAGUCACUGUGAAGGAACUAAUUAGGGUCUUCCUUCCAUCUGCCAGUUGAAUAUGAGCUUCAUACUUGACUAGUAACGGCUAAUACAAACUGCCUAUGAGAAGAGAAAGAUGCAAUGGAUUUGGGGUAUCAGUGGAGUUAUUUUUUGAAAUUUGGCAUUUCUGACGUGCAGUUUUAAACAAUGUUUUAGUAGACAAUCUUUUUUAUUAGUUAUCUCAGCAGGCUUUAUUUGCUUUCUUAUAUGUAUGCAUAUCUCCCUGUUGAUAACUGGGUCAGCUCAGCUUCAUUGUUAUCUGAAUUAAACUUGGGACUUGACCACUUAUUUAUGUACAGUAAAAGAAAUUAAAGUCAAAUGAUUUAGGUUACCUGUGUUUGGUCCCUUUAACUGCACCUUAUGCUGAGGUUCACGAACUGAUUGGUUUCGGUCGUCUGCCUGUUUUUGCUGGAAAAGGUGAAUAACGUUAGGCAAGUUGGGUCGGAUUGAAAGGUCGUAGCCUAAGUAUCCUUUGUCGGACUGCAGUCCUAAAUCCUACGCUUGACAUGACCCUAUUCCAGUUUUAAAAACAGGCAAUUAUCAGCCUUAGGCUUGAGGUAGGCUGAAUCAACUUUGGUAACUUUAAUUUUUUGAUGAACAUGGAGGGCAAUUUGUUUUAAAUCUAUUAUUAUUAUACGUAUCUAGAUAACUUUUUUAAUUGUUUGGAUGCUUACGUAUUUAUAGAACCUGCUUUGCCUCAAAAUUGACGAGAGAUGAUUACAAGGCAAACAACGUGAGAAGCUUGUGAGCUUUCAUUUAUUCAAAGUGCGAAGGCACUAAGAGUCGGAUAUCCAUUAGGUUCAAUAAACUAUAAGGAGUGUUCCCCCUACUCAACACUUUUAAUUAACACCGCGACGACAAGUUCUCUCUGCGGUCACGGGAAUGGGUCGAUGGCAUUGCCAUCACCUUUAGUCACUUCUGUUCGCUGUCCAUUGGCCUUAUUCAGUGGUUUCCCAGCUUUAUGUGCUCCAUGGAAUGGUGAUAGACCUCCGCAGCACCCUCCAAGCCAAGGCGGCUUGAACAGGGGAAGUGGCCAACCAAAUAAAUGAAGACCCCAAGGACCAAGGAGACUCUGGGGACUCUAAACUUCGUCUCUGGCUGGCAUUUCCCUCCCUCCUUCAGCAGAAGAGUGGGCAUAAGAAAGAGAAGAAAGAAUGUUGCCUUGGCGAUUUUCUUCUCCGUACCGACUAUUGCUUCUGUCUUUCAAUCUUUUGCAUGGAACCCCGUUUUAUAUUGCAAUUCUGAUGUUCUUUUACUUGAUUUGCGGGGUAUAAUUACUGCAUUAUGCAAUGGAGAACUUGGUUAUUUUAGAAACCUUCAAAUAAUUAUUACCCAUUGGCCAUGGCAGGUGAUGAUGCUAAACUGCUAAUCAACGCUACGGGACCCAUGAUUUGCUAUUAAAUGUGUACGUCUUAGGCUGUUGUGAUUGUCGCAUAUGAAAAUUUUAAGCAUCUUCAUUGAUGGAUAUGGUCCCCCAAGAUUAAAUUGUAGUAAAUGGGAUUUGCUUUUGGAUUAAGCAUUUCUCUUUACAUGGAGCCUCCUAAUGUCUAAAAUUCGUAAAUUACUGUUUGGAAGUGAAGAUGAAGCGGUUGAAUGUCUGUCAACCUCACUCACAUUUCCCAGCGGUUGCCUUCGUGCAUGCUAAAAUAUGUGUAUGCCUGUAAAG